AAAUAUUUGAGGUUAUGGAUUAACUUCAGGCUGUCAUGGCGGCGGGACGGCGACCUUGCAGUUUCUCCCUGGCCCACCCCAGUGCUGGGCAGCUGCUGUGAUCCUAGCCCCACAUAGGCAAGGACACUGAGGCACCAGUGGCUGUCCGUCUAAUGAACAGGGACCCCGCCCCAGCCCCAGCCCUUGCAAUCAGCUCCCAUCUGGGGCCGGGGCGGCAGGUAGAGCAGGGGCUGGUGGGGCUGCUGGAAGCUCAGAGGCCCUCCUCAGACAGGUGGCAGCAACUCCAGAAUGUGGCAGCUCACAAGCCUCUUACUGUUGGUGACCAUCUGGGGAACUUUCAGCACACCAGCUCCUCCUGACUCAGUGUUCUCCGGCAGCAAGAGUGCCCACCAGGUUCUGCGGAUCCGCAAGCGUGCCAACUCCUUCCUAGAGGAGAUCCGGGCAGGCAGCCUGGAGCGGGAGUGCAUAGAAGAGAUCUGUGACUUCGAGGAGGCCCAGGAGAUUUUCCAAAAUGUGGAUGACACAACGCCCGAAGGAAGGACUUCCUGCCCCAGCAAUCUGAGCACCUUACCCCAAGGUGUCCCAGGCCCAGCAGGGCGGAGCCACUGCGACAGGGAGGGGCUUGAUGCUGCAGGCACCGGCAAUGGAGCUCAGCUGACCUUCUGGUCGAAGUACGUCGACGGGGACCAGUGCGCGGCCCUACCCCCUGAGCACCUGUGCGACAGCCCCUGUUGCGGGCACGGCACGUGCAUCGACGGCAUCAGCGCCUUCCGCUGCGAUUGCGACCCGGGCUGGGAGGGCCGCUUCUGCGGGCAAGAGGUGAGCUACUCCAACUGCUCGGUGGACAACGGCGGCUGCGCGCACCACUGCCUGGAGGAGGAGGGCUGGCGCCGCUGCAGCUGCGCGCCGGGCUACCGGCUGGGGGACGACCACCUGCAGUGCGAGCCCACAGUGAAGUUCCCUUGUGGGAGACCGGGGAAGCGACUGGAGAAGAAGCGCAAGCAGGUGAAACGUGACACAAACCAAACUGACCAAGUAGAUCCAAGGCUCGUCAAUGGGAAGGUGACCAAAUGGGGAGAGAGCCCCUGGCAGGUGAUCCUCCUGGACUCAAAGAAGAAGCUGGCCUGCGGGGCCGUGCUCAUCCACACCUCCUGGGUGCUGACAGCAGCCCACUGCAUGGAGGACUCUAAGAAGCUCAUCGUCAGGCUUGGGGAGUAUGACCUGCGGCGCUGGGAGAAGUGGGAGAUGGACGUGGACAUCAAGGAGAUCCUCAUCCACCCCAACUACAGCAAAAGCACCACGGACAAUGACAUCGCACUGCUCCGCCUGGCCCAGCCUGCCAUCCUCUCCCAGACCAUCGUGCCCAUCUGCCUCCCAGACAGUGGCCUUGCAGAGCGUGAGCUCACCCAGGUUGGCCAGGAGACGGUGGUGACCGGCUGGGGCUAUCGCAGCGAGACCAAAAGAAACCGCACCUUCAUCCUCAACUUCAUCAGCAUCCCCGUGGCCCCACACAACGAGUGUGUCCAGGCCAUGCACAACAUGAUCUCUGAGAACAUGCUGUGCGCGGGCAUCCUUGGGGACUCACGGGAUGCCUGUGAGGGUGACAGUGGGGGGCCCAUGGUCGCAUCCUUCCGUGGCACCUGGUUCCUGGUGGGCCUGGUGAGCUGGGGCGAGGGCUGCGGGCGCCUCCACAAUUACGGCAUUUACACUAAAGUCAGCCGCUACCUUGACUGGAUCCACAGCCACAUUAGAGCUGAGGAGGCCUCCCCUGAGAACCAGGUACCAUAGCAUCCCUCAGGCUUGUACCCCCAGAGGCCACUCAUGGAAUGGGGGCUGGAUUGCUGAAUGGCAAUAUUUGAGAUAUUAAAGGGGACGUGUAACAUGCACACCAGCUACAGUUCUGUCUGUCUUUGCAUCCCUUUCCUGGGCUGUUCUGUAGGGAAGUAACAUUUGUGGAGCAUCUUCUGCAUGUCCCACACUUUAUGAACACAAUCUUAUUUAACUUCCAAAGCAACUCUGGGGUGGGGAAGAGUAGGACAAAGUUUGGUGACGUCUGAGGCUGAUAACAUCGGAGGGGGCUCUCCAUAUGAAAAAGAAUAAAAAAUGUGACUAUAAAACUGUGAGAGCCCUCCCAGGGUCUUGGAAGGAGCCCGCACAAAACAAGAGAUCUGGAAGCCAGAGCUGUACAGUAAACCCAACAAUGAGGGUAGAGGUUUUGAGCUCAUAUUGCAGAGGAGGAGACUGAAGUUCAGGAGGGUUUACCUGGUGCAAUCAGGAUUCAAGUCUAGGUCUGACUCCCAAACCCCUGUGUCCCUGUCUGUUCUCCACUGUUCUGGGAGGGCAGUUGCGUUGAGCACCUGCUGGGUGUAGAGGCCAUUAUCAGUCCAAUGGAGGAAGUAGCCAGAGACUCAGAAGGUGUUGGUUCAGCUCAGCAUGAGCUCGGUGUGGUUGCAGAAGCUGCUUAAGGAUGAUUUCACACAAUCAUGAACAGCAGUAAGCAAGAGGUUCUGUCUUGACCCAGCUUCUAGGCAUAACUAGAUGAGACAGAGAAAGAAGUAAGGAUGUACCUGAUAAAAAGGGAUAGAGGUGAGACAAGCUGAGACAAUUA